GUCGACUGUGGCAAAAUUUUACGCCAUAACAGCGUCGGCCUGGCAUCCGAGGCUAUUCUGAGCUUGGCACAGUACCGUCGCAGCAGUCUCAGCACAUCAGCGCUGCGAGUUGGCACUCUAGCAAGCCACAAGCUGUUGUCUCAAGGCGUGGGUCGGCUUGCAUCGGCUAUAAGGGCUGGGACCAGAGAGGCGCGAACGCCGUCGACGCGGCGACAAAAAAAACGCCGUCGACGCGGCUACAAGACGCCGUCGACGCGUAGGAAACAACCAUGGCCACCGGCACGCACGCCGCGCGCGGCGAGCUCGCUUUGUUAGGAGCUUUGAGUAUAGCCUUCGCCACGCUCACGCUCCGAGAAGCGAGCCCGCACGACGCCUUCGAAGUGAUAUCGAGGUUAUUUUGGCGGUCGGCGUCAGCACGCCCUCCCAUCCUCUUGGUGGUCAUACUCGUAGGAUGGGCGGGCGUCGUGCACUGCGGCCAAGUAGCCGGGUUAAGGCUCUCGAGAGCUUUGGGCGAGGGCGUGUUAUCACCAAGAAUCAUUCUGCGGAGCGCUUUGGGUUUAUUGGAUGUGAUACUGCUCUGUCGGCUGGUACCCUUCGUGGCCCAAGUGGUCUUCGAGACGGAGCACUUCGGGCGGUGGUGUUUGUUCUUCGAUCUAGUGGCGUACGCCGCAUGCAUCCUACUCCUAGCGGCGCCACCCUCUGCUUGUUGUGGUAGUGAUGAAGCGGGUUAUUCCAGUGAAAGGUGUAAGGCCCACCAGCGCUACGACCACGGCUGGCUGUUGCAGACGGCCCACGGUCGAAGUUCAUUGCUGAGAACUCUGAUAGAAUCUUUAUGCGCGCCGUUCGCGCCCGUGACGUUCUGGCACGUCAUCGUGGCCGACUAUGUGCGGACUCGGCGUCCCGCGGUGCUGCGGUGCCUUCACGCCAUCGACGCGCGUCGUCGCCAUCUCCUGAUGAAGUGGGUGGUCUCCUUUUCGAUUUUGAGCCGAUUCGGACCACGUCGGGGCUGCGCGGCGUGUCAGAGAGAGAGAGAGAGCGUCUUCGUGAGACCACGCCGCCGCGACGCCGUCGAUGCGGCGGUCUCGUGACAUGAUCUCGACACAGGCCACGAGCAUGGCCAAGGCACUCGGUGACGUCCACGUCACGGGUUGUGUCGCGUGGUACGCCGGUAUUUCACCGGCCUACUCCCACCUCACAACAGAUACGCACGGCGUCUUCUGGGAGGAGACCAGAGGGGCUUGCGUCACGUCCGAAUUAAACGCGUGGGCGCUGGCCUUGCCCUUCUGGUGUCGUUUAUUUCAAUGCCUAUCGGUACUACGACGUACGGGCGAGCCCAAGAACUUCUGGAACGCCGUGAAAUACGCGACGGCGUUUCCUCUCGUCUAUGCGGGGUACCUGGACCGACUCGCGCCGACCGAUCAAACUCGUAGAUUAGUAGUGUUGACGGCCUGUGUGCAAUCCUCCGCAACCUUCGCCUGGGACCUGUGCAUGGACUGGGGCCUCUUCAAGAAGCGGCGAGGGGGAUUACUCUGUGGCAUCUUCGAGGUCGACCAGAUGAGGGAGCCGAAAUCACUCGUUUUUUCGAAACGUAGCGAUAUGUUUAUAUAUGCUGCUUAUGCCGGUCUGGUGCUCUUCAACUUCAGUCUGAGGUUUGCCUGGGCUUUGGCGGUGUUCGGUCACGUGUCGACGCGCGGCAUGGGCAUGUUGUCGUUUGAAAUUGCGGAAUUGGCGAGGAGGACGGUCUGGGCGUUGUUUCGCAUCGAGUGGGAGUAUCAUGAAAAAGGAUGGCCCCUCGAUACCGACUCAGAUAACGAGGAGACGGAACAGCUCGUGGAGAUGGUCGAGAAGGGCGGGGCGCGGAGCGCUUCUGAAGAUUGAGUAA